GUUUCAUACAGUAUGUGGUCAGUCCAUUGUUCAAAGCUUGGGACAGGUUUUUGGGAACCGAUUUGUCUGCCCAGAUGAUCUCCCAUUUGCUUCACAAUCAGUCUCAAUGGAAGAACAUCAUGGAAAGUGGACAGGAAAUCUCAGAUGUAGAUUCAGAAUUUGGCGUUCAGUUUGAGGAGAUCCAAAAAGAGGCUAAAGACAGUGAAGUGAACUUGGUGGACACAACGAUGACCACUAGAACUAUUGAAGUGGUGGACAGCAUGGAUGUUGGUGAUUCCCAAAUCAUUCAGGUUGAAGACUCACAAAGACAUGCCGACAUGGAAGAUGAGGAGGGAAAAGAUGAAGAGGAUGAUGUUGUAGAGAAUGAUGUCAACCUUGUGUACCACUACCAGAAUGAAUCGGAAGAGAGUUGCCGAUGCCUGAGCCCUGUCAGCGAAGAUAGUGAACACAGCAUACCAUCUAUAGGCAGCAAUAGAAGGUAUAGUUUGCCUCCUGCCAUGCGCAAGGAUCUCAGCUUCUACUUGGGUCUCAGAAAAGAUGCUAGUAUUAUCCCUAUCCAGCAGCAUCGGCGGCAGAGUUUGCCCACAAGUGUGAUGUUCUUCCACAGCAGGAACACUAUUCCCAGUCCUCGCAGUCUGUCCAUGGACACACUGCUGGCUCGUCCAAAAAUCUGCAGCCUGAGUCCAACUUUAGAAAUGAACUUUAUGGGUAGCAACCUGGACUCCUCUAGCUUUAUUCCACUAAAAAACCAAAGCUUCAUGCUCCAGGGCGGUUCCUUGACCAGAUUUGUCAGCAAUCCAACAUCCCGCAGAGCCAGCUGUGGGCCAUCCUUUUCUGAACACUGCAUGUUAAAUUCACAAUCAUUUGCGCCAUCAGACAUUUUUACUCCUUCCUUCAGGAAUCCAAAAACAACUCAAAAACAGUCGUUGGUCAGAUUGGCAUCAAGCUGGCCCUCCUUGGCACGACAGAACAUAACGAAUGGCUCACCUCAUAAUUACACAGUACCCUCCAUGUCAUCCUCACAGACUGAAAGCAACAAAUCCAGUACAAGUUCCCCUUGCGAUGAAUAUUGCCAGUCCCGUUAUGAAUCUAACUUAUCCCAAGAACUCAAUCUUGAGGAUCUGGACAAUGUUCAACAGUCUUCAUCCAGUAACAUCAGUCCCAACAACCCUGAACACCAUGAAACCAGCUACCCUCAUUGUCUUUCAUUGUCUGAUAUUUCAUCUCAUGAUGGGCAUAAUCUACCAAGACCACAAUAG